AUGCUGUUCUCUGGUCUAGCAUUGGGAUCCGACGGCUACAACGCUGCUGUCAUGAGUAAUCUGAACCUUCUCCUGACGGUCAUCUAUCCCGAUACUCUAUCGAAAGACAUGAAAGCACGACUUUCGAACGCUUUCUUAAUCGGAAUGAUAGUUGGCAUGGUCGGGUUCGGUGUCGUGGUAGAUCAACUUGGGCGCAAGACUGGAGCGGUUCUUACCACUCUUAUUCUUGUCUUCGGUAUCGUGCUGAGCACUGGUGCAAGUGGAACGUCACCAUUAGGCAUGUUCUGGAUGCUUGUAGUCGCUCGAGGCAUUGCCGGUGUUGGUGCUGGAGGAGAGUACCCUGUGGCUGGUGCUGGUGCUUUGGAAGCAUCCGAUGAAGCAGGUCACUUCAGAAAGCGUCGAGGUUUUCUCUUCGCUAUGGUAGCUGACCUUUCAGCUGGCUUAGGCUACUGCUUCGGCGCCCUGGUUCCUCUACUGCUCCUACUCUGUGUCAAUCAAAGAGUCGACAAGUACCACAUUGUCUGGAGAACAGCUCUUGCACUCGGUGCUAUCCCUCCACUUUCCAUCUUCUACUUCCGCAUGCGCAUGAAGGUCUCAACCGCUUAUCGCAAGUCAGCGCUUCACAAACAAAGGACACCGUACGUACUGAUUGUAAAGAUGUACUAUCGACGACUUUUUGGCGCUGCAAUGGGCUGGUUCUUGUACAACUGGAUCUCCAUUCCCUUCGGCAUCUUUGGAAGCACUAUCGUGUCGCGCAUGAACCCUGAAAACUCGCUGAUCCAAAAUUUGGGUUGGGGUGUCGUUCUGAAUGCUUUCUACCUACCUGGUCCGUUUAUUGGUGGUUAUUUGUCGGACAGGAUUGGCCGCAGAAAGACGCAGUGUGUGGGGUACACUCUCCAGGCUAUUCUGGGCUUCGUUCUUGGUGGUGCUGGAGUGCAGAUUCAGACAGUCUUCCCGUUGUUCAUUGUGCUAUACGGAAUUUUCUUAACACUUGGGGAAGUUGGUCCAGGAAGCACUGUCGUUAUCACGGCUACUGAACCUUUCCCGACCUCAGUCCGCGGCCACACCAUGGGCUUCAUCUCAGCCUUCUCUAAAGCUGGAGCUGCGAUUGGUACUGAAGUUUUCUCCGCUAUCAUGGCCUCAUACUCAGAUCCGAACAAGUCAAACCAGGUCGCAUUUUUGGUGGGAUCAGCUUUCGCUGUCCUAGGUGCCCUAAACGCCUGGUUCGUCCUUCAAGAUGGAUCAAAAGUCCUUGAUAACGAGGACGAGAUCUGGAAAGAAUACCUGGUCAAAAAUGGUUGGGAUGCUAGCUGGGGUGACCAGGAGACUGAGGAUCCAAAGCUCACUCGAAACCAAGAGCUUCUUCCGACAUCUUGA